UGUAUAUGUGUGCGCGCGCGUGUGUGUGUGUAUGUGUGCGUGUGUGUGCUGAAGCGGUUGAAUAGUUUCAAAAGCCGAGUCUCGCAGACACACCUCAGCCUCAAGAAGUGAUCCGGAGACGCACUGAUGCGGCUUGAACCACUUUGUCAUUUUACAUAUUAAACAACUUGAGCUGGAUAAGUCGUCUCGGGGUCGACUUUGAGGGAGGAGUGUCAUGGCAGAGCCGGACUAUCUGGAGGAAGACUGUGAUGAACUCAUCAAACCUAAGAAGCUGAUCAACCCAGUUAAGAGCUCCCGUAACCACCAGGACCUGCACCGAGAGCUGCUCUUGAACCAAAAGAGGGGUUUGGCUCCUCAGAACAAACCUGAGCUCCAGAAAGUUCUGGAGCAAAGAAAACGGGAGCAAGUUCUCAAGGCUCAAAAGGAGGAGCAGGAGGCCCACAAGAAGAGGAGCGACUUGGAGAUCGAGCUCAUGAAAAGACAACAGAAACUAGAGCAGCUCGAGCUAGAGCAACAGAAAAUUGAGGAGGAACAGGAGAACACCCCAGAGUUUGUGAAGAUGAAGAGCAACCUGCGCAGGACCAAGCAGGAGACUGAUGGGGAAGAACGAACCACCUAAAAAUCAACAGGGGUGUCUGGGUCUGGCUGAUUGAGUGCGUGUUUGUAAGCACAGAGACAUCAGGAGUGUGUGUGCAAAAAAUGUAAAAAAAAAAAAAAAAAAAAAAAAUUAAAAUUUCCAUGGUGCACAGUGGUGAUUUGGCCAUGGCCUGAGAUGAACUUCCUGGCUUUUCCAACCUAGUUGUUCCUUCCUGCAAUGAGGAGCGAGACUUUACAAACUAAACAUCCCCCUCCGUCUGGCUGCCAUGGACCAACAGCACUCACCUCUGCUCCUCACGCCCACCCAGCAGCACACGCCGCCCCCUCGCAGGAGGGACCUAAUACAGACAUGUUACAUGUCUCUCAGUGUGGGCAAUCAAGCUUCCCCCCGUUUGCAGUCCUUUCUCCACAGCAAGCUGUCGUUUCUCUUCACUGUUAUCAUUGUUGUUAUUGUUGUUGUCGUUGUUUUUUUUUGUCAUUUUCAGAAUCAAAUAAGGAAAAGUGGACACUGGAUGGACUCUUGAAGCUGUGUAAAGUAAAAGCCAAACAAAUGUGCUUUUGUUAUUUAUGUUUGUAGCUUUUAGCCCAGGUAUAGGGGAGGACACUUUUAGUCAUUUUGUAUUUUAGUUUGUUUUACAGCAUAGUUUAUGAAGCCACAACAGGACAAAGGGAGUGUAAGGUUGUGUUACCCUCAAGUUUUUGAAAACUUUUUUUUUUUUAUCCUAAACAUGCCAUUUCCUCAGCUAAUGCAAGUUUGAGCAAUAGUAGGACUCCCAGGCAUAAGAGUGACCUUUUCUUUAUAUAUUCUGUUGUUUUGUAUGAAUAAAAGUGUUAAGUAAUUUGUUUUUCUUUGGUUGGUCAAUAAGGAGAGUCCUGUCUGGUGUGCUUCUAUGAACAAAGGAUAUGGUUUAAAGUAUAAAUGAAAAUGUACACUCAUAGGCCACCUGUCAUAAAAGAUUUUGUUGAUGGGAAGCUAUAUGGAUAUCGGCAUGGUUACUGAAACAACUCAUAAGUGUCCUGCAAUCUUAUAACUUCAGGUUUUCAUGUUUAUUUACAGUGGUUGCCAUGGAUGUGCACACAGGUCAUUUAAAUCAGUAAAGCUGAAUUAAAGUGAGUAUUACCUGCAAAACAAUUUAAUUCUCAGAUGUAGCCAUCACACACAAAUUAUAAAAUAGUUACAUAAAUUGAGAAACUGUGAUAACUUGGGAUGUUAAAUUGCAAAUUUAUUGUCAGUUGAAGUAUCACAAGAAGAUAUUGUGGGUCUAAAAUUCUGGCUUGUGGCCCCUUAAGAGACAUUAGCUAUGGUUAAAAUGGAAAUGAGCAGUUUUAUAACAACACAACCCUGUGUUCCUCUCAGAACCUUCUUUUAAAUAAAUAUUUUAACGCAUUCAAUUCA